UUAAACUAAUUACGUCUUAAACAUCUUCUAGAAAGUAGAGCUACCGAUGUCGAAACUGUGCAAUACAAGAGAGAAACAAAUGAAAUUAGUUGGUAGCUUCCAGACUAAAAAAAGUUAUAAUAAAAUCACGAGAAAUUCAACAAAAUGUACAGAUUAAAAAUGAGUCUACGUAUUGUUCUGUUAUUCGCUGUUGUUGCCGCUGUUAUUGCCGCUGCUGCGGUGGACCCUACGAACCUGUCUCCCCCGUCCGUGGCAGACAUGGGAUGGUGCGCCGACUUGAGUAUGGUCAAAGACUUCGAUGUUGAUAAGUUCUUGGGCACGUGGUAUCAACAGAUGGAGGUGCCUAGCCCCUUCAGCGAGGAGGGCCAGUGCACUGAGAUAACCUUCGCUAAAACUGAUGCAGGGCUGAAUCUGACCUCAGAGUCCAGGAGCGCUGAUGACAUGAACAUCAAGCAAACGUUUUUCCUGAGCGCAAGAACGCGGAACGAUACAACCCCGUAUUAUGUGAUGAUCAAAGACAAUCUUCCUCAUGUGGAGUACAAUGUCGCCGCGACAGACUACGUGAGCUACGCCUGCACAUACACCUGCUUCCAGAUCGUCAUGGGUCUUAGGGUCGAGCUUUUCUUCAUCACAACCCGCGACCCUAACCCCCCAGAAAAUAUAUUAAAUAAGUGCAAUGAUUAUUUCUACAAUAACUUCGUCGACACCAGCAAACUCGUCCCGGUCGACCACUCAACCAACCUCUGCGACACGCAAUGGAAAAACAACAGCAGGCCAGCUGAAGAGCAGGGUAACGCUGGCCUGGAAGAGAGGGAAGCAUUCGAGGACGACAUCGACCGCGGGUUGCGGAGCGACGACGCGUUUGAGCGCUACGAAGCUGAGAGCAAAGUGGUGAUGACUUUACUGCUCGGCGAGUCGGAAGUGGAAACUGAUCAUAUUCACUCUUCAGGUAGCUCGCAAGCGAGGUGCAGCCUUCACUGCAUUGAAUGGCUACUGACUUCUAUGGCUAUCAUCUUGUUAAAUACUAAAAUUGUUGUGUGAAAUAUGUAUUAUAUAUUAUGAUAAGAUUUUAUGAAAUGAGGAUGUUGAAGGUGAAUCUAAAGUUGAAACCGCAGCAACAGUUUGAAAAUUCCGGCAUCACGCAGGAUAGGGUUUUCAUAAAUUUGUUGUGUUGCUACAUUUUCAUGUUUAGGCAGUGCUGUGGGAAAUUUUUGAUAGUUUUUUCCAUUCCAGAUUGUCAGAAACUAGAAACUUUAUCACUCCCUGGUAGCUUUAUGCUUGGUGUAAAUAUUUGCGGUAUACGCUUACCACGCACUACAAUUUCCUUGACUCUGUAUUACAGUCGUUACAGAGCUGAUCAAUAAAUAAUUACAUCAUAUAGUAUUCAAAUCCUAAGAUUUAUUCGGGAUUAAUAAUGUUUUUGCUUGCCGUGAUUUGUUUUUUGUUCGAGAAGGUGUUCAAAUUUUAAGAAACGUUCUAAUUCGAAGUAAAUUAGCUGCUAAAUACAAAGCUGAAAAUUGCCUUUUCGAGUAAUUGUUAAGUUAGUCAUGGAAAGCAACGGAUCGUGUACCUUCCACCUCAUUCCUGGUGAUCAGUCGCCUAUCCACUCAUUGUUUGUUAGUAUUAUAAUAUUAAUUUGAUUUACGAUGGACUGAAAAUCUAACAUGAAUGUGAUGACAAUCUACAGGAGAGUUAAUUGACUGCAGCAUCGCUAACACGGCAAAUGUUUAUUGUCUGGACAAGCGGAAAAAUAUUUAAACUUAAAGCCGAGAACUAUUCAGCAUUAAGUAUUAUUUGAUAAUUAUUCGUUAAGAUGGUUGGCUGAAUAUUGAACCAUCUGAGUUAAAUAUUCAUAUUGAAUAUUGAACUGAGUGAAUUUUGUUCCCAGUAGCAUGA